AAUUAAAGAUGAAAUCAGUAAUUUAAAUAUUGAGCCGGCCAGCCUUUGUUUCUUGCAUUUUUCAGAGACAAUUUGUCGGAUAUGUAAAACUUUUUUAAUUGAAUUGACUAAAAGUUCAUAUUUUUCUCUUCAAUAAUAGGAUUUGAUUCUAGGAGGAACAGAAACUACAGCUGCUAUUAUGGAAUGGGCCAUGACGGAGCUUAUCAGACAUCCUGAGAUCAUGCGAAAGGCUCAAGAAGAAGUGAGAAAAGCACUUAAUGGAAAGAGGAAAAUAGAGGAGAAAGAUAUCAGCAAUCUUCCUUAUCUAAAUAUGAUAAUCAAAGAAACUCUUAGAGCAAGACCUCCAGGGCCUUUUCUAGUACCAAGACAUUCUCUCGAAACAAUCAAGCUUGGAGGAUACACAGUACCUGCUGGAAGCAGAGUUAUGAUCAAUGCAUGGGCGAUUAUGAGAGAUCAAACUUGUUGGGAUGAAGCCGAGAGCUUUAAGCCAGAGAGAUUUGAAGGUGUUGAUAUGGCUGAUAUUAGAGAUUCAUUCAUUCCAUUCGGUGGAGGGAGAAGGAUUUGCCCAGGAAUAAAUUUCGGUAUGAGAAGCAUGGAGAAUGUGUUGGCAAAUUUACUCUAUCACUUUGACUGGAAGCUGCCUGGAGGAAAGAAGCCCGAGGAAGUAGAUGUGGAAGAAGCAUUUGGCUUGUCUUUGAUCAGGAAAAAUGACCUGGUCCUUGUUGCAACUCCAUACAAAUAUAUAUAACGUACUAUUUAGAUUAAUUUGUUUGUAACUUGGUUACAAUUAAGCAUAUAUAGUAAUAAUUAAGGAUCUUUCUUGUCAUGUAUUUAUGUACAGACAAAGAAAGAUAUUAAAUAAAGAUGUUGUUAUCUAUGUAAGUUAAUUUAGAUUUUGUCAUUAAAUAUAAGAAGUUUAUUGACACCGGACCGGAGGGGGCUCGACGAAUCCAUGUCAAUGAUCCGGUGGCCAUGACCAGCUGGCUCAGAUCCACUCAGGAUACAGGAUACAAAACAAUGUAAAACUACUCAAAUGUUAUUCAUCUCAACCAUCCUCUAUUACAAACGUUGUUAUCUAUUUAUAGACAAAGGUAGUCACCUAUUAGGCUACACACAAUCAAAAGCAAGCACUAAACCUAUGUAGUCAUAUAAGUUACCAAAUGUAAUAAAACUAGCCUGAAGUUAAUACAAUCAAACA